AUGGCAAACCAACUUCAAGAUCCCUUAACCUCCUCCACUAAACCAAGUCUAAUCAAAGAAGAAGAAAAAUUUGAUGAAGAAACUGUGAGCUUGCAAGCAGAGAGUCUUGUGAACACACUUGCCUUCCCCAUGGUUCUCAAAGCGGCCUUGGAGCUUGGCGUCAUCGAAACAAUCACAGCCGUAGAUGAAGGUGUCUGGCUCUCCUCUUAUGAGAUUACGCUCCGUCUCCCAACCAAACCUAUUAACCCAGAGGCACCGGUUUUGUUGGACCGGAUGCUGAUUUUACUAGCCAGUCACUCGAUCUUGAAGUACCGUAUGGUUGAAACCGAAGAAAACGGAAAUUCCAAGAGGGUAUAUGCAGCUGAACCGGUUUGCAGAUUUUUCUUGAACGGUGGAGACGGAUCCGGUUCUCUUGCGCCUCUCUUCAUGGUCAACUUAAGCGAAGUCUAUUUCAAGACUUGGACACAUCUCAAAGAUGUGAUAUUAGAAGGAAAGGAUGCAUGCGUCUCUGCUCAUGGCAUGAAACUUUUUGAAUAUAUUGGUUCGGAUGAAGGAUUCUCCGAGAAAUUUAACCGGGCAAUGUCGGAAGCUUCCACGUUGACCAUGAAGAAGGUUUUAGAAGUUUAUAGAGGAUUCGAAGAUGUACACACUUUGGUGGAUGUGGGAGGAGGAAUUGGAACUGUUAUAAGUCUAGUGAUUUCCAAGUAUCCUCAUAUUAAAGGCAUCAAUUUCGAUCUAGCCUCGGUUUUAGCACAUGCUCCUCUAUAUCCAGGAGUGGAACAUGUUUCAGGAGACAUGUUUAUAGAAAUUCCAAAAGGAAAUGCUAUUUUCAUGAAAUGGAUACUACAUGAUUGGAAUGACGAAGACUGUGUGAAAAUUCUCAAAAACUGUUGGAGAAGUCUUUCCGAAAAAGGAAAGGUGAUAAUAGUCGACAUGAUUACACCUCUAGAACCAAAGGCCAACGACUUUUCUUCUAACGUUGUGCUCGCGAAGGACAUGGUGAUGUUAACACAAUUAUCGGGUGGUAAGGAGAAGUCUCUUUCCCAGUUCGAGACUUUGGCCUCUGAUUCGGGUUUUCGUCGUUGUGAAAUCAUAUGUCGUGCUUACUCAUAUUAUGUUAUUGAAUUCCAUAAAUAAAUUCCUGAAUCUUACCAAGAAAAACUGUGAAUCAUCUCCGUCAUGUGGCUGAUGGUUUCUUUGUGGGUGUAAUAUAAUUUGUGUGUUGGGUUGUUUUCUUUUUCAUGAUUGUGGAUAUUGUUAUGUGUCAACAAGGUGCAAUAAAGAAG